AGAGCUGGACAGCACGAACCCGAAGAUCUUCAAUGAUUCGAGAGCCCUGAGGAUAGCGCGAGGUUCCGGCCGAACCAUCAGGGAAGUCGUUGAGAUGUUGGAAGAGUACAAGCGGCUCGCGAAGGUGUGGAGUCAGAUGAAAGGUCUGAAGAUCCCUAAGAAAGGGGAGAUGAGCGCCUUGUCGCGCAACAUGAAUGUUCAGCACAUGAGCAAAGUCCUUCCUCCUCAGAUGCUGAAGCAGAUUGGGGGGAUGGGGGGUUUACAGAGCCUCAUGAAGCAGAUGGGAUCCAAAGAUAUGAUGGGUGGGAUGUUUGGUGGAGGAGGAGGAGAUAAGUAAAUUUUGCUUCAGGAGGAAAGAAUUGAUAGAAACCAGGCUAAUUUUUUUU